CGAUGAACCCGCCGACCUCAAAGAACUACAAAUCCCAUGAGGAGAGCAGAAGGGGGGCAGAGGCCGAAGAGGAGCUGAAAAGAAAAGAACUGAUGUGCUUCAGCGGAGGAUUUAACUUUGUGCCUGUCAGUAAUCGAUAUGACUGAGGGAACGCACCUGCGGAGGCGAGGGGGGCCGUACAAGACGGAGCCAGCCACGGACCUGAGCCGCUGGAGGCUGACUAACGUCGAGGGCAGGCAGACUUGGCGCUACGUGGACGAUCGGGACACCCCAGACAGAGAGCAGACGAUGGUGGAAGCCUGUUCUCUCGGCUUGGACACGGGUAAGUUUGUGUCUGACUCCCCCGCUGCCCACACGGCUGCAGAUGCAGCUCUGAAAGGGAUGAACUUCUACAGUCACCUCCAGGCUGAGGACGGUCACUGGGCGGGGGACUACGGUGGGCCUCUCUUCCUGCUCCCAGGCCUCCUGAUUACGUGCCAUGUGGCUAAGAUCCCGCUAGCUGAGGCCUGGAAGAAAGAGAUGGUGCGGUACCUGCGCUCCGUGCAGCUGCCGGAUGGAGGCUGGGGUCUACACAUUGAAGACAAGUCGACCGUCUUUGGCACAGCGCUGAGUUACACCUCACUGAGGAUCCUGGGAGUCGGUCCUGAUGAUCCAGAUAUGGUUCGAGCCAGAAACAACCUGCACAGCAAAGGCGGUGCUGUGGGGAUUCCCUCGUGGGGUAAAUUCUGGCUCUCCAUUUUAAAUGUCUACAGCUGGGAGGGAAUGAACACACUGCUACCAGAGAUGUGGCUGUUCCCCACGUGGAUGCCAGCCCACCCCUCCACCCUGUGGUGUCACUGUCGUCAGGUCUACCUGCCCAUGAGCUACUGUUACGCUGUCCGACUGGCUGCAGAGGAAGACGCUCUGGUCCGCAGCCUCAGACAGGAGCUUUAUGUCCAGGACUAUGGCUCCAUUAGCUGGCCUGCUCAGAGGAACAAUGUGGCGGCGUGUGACCUGUACACCCCUCACAGCACACUGCUCACCGUCGCCUACAUGUUGUUAAACGUGUACGAAGCCCACCACAGCACAACGCUGAGAGGGAAGGCCGUCAAAGAACUGUAUGAACACAUCCAGGCAGACGACAGCUUCACUAAAUGUAUCAGCAUUGGACCGAUCUCCAAGACCAUCAACAUGCUGGUUCGCUGGUAUGUGGAUGGUCCCUCCUCUCCGGCCUUUCAGGAGCAUGUGUCCAGGAUCCCAGACUACCUGUGGUUAGGAUUAGAUGGAAUGAAAAUGCAGGGGACCAACGGAUCGCAGCUCUGGGAUACCUGCUUUGCUGUGCAGGCUUUCCUUGAGGCUGGAGCUCAGGAUAACCCCAGGUUGGCCGAAUGCCUCCGAGAUGCCCAUCAGUUUCUCAAAAUCACACAGAUACCUGAGAAUCCUCCUGAAUACCAGAAGUACUACAGACAAAUGAACAAGGGCGGCUUCCCCUUCAGCACCCGUGACUGUGGUUGGAUCGUGGCUGACUGCACCGCUGAGGGCCUGAAGUCAGUGAUGCUGCUGCAGGAACUCUGUCCCUCCAUCGGCCAGCCCAUCACCUCAGAGCGCCUCUAUGAUGCUGUCAAUGUGCUGCUGAGCAUGAGAAACCCUGAUGGUGGAUUUGCCACAUAUGAAACGAAGAGGGGAGGAAAACUCCUGGAGCUGCUCAACCCCUCCGAAGUGUUUGGUGACAUCAUGAUAGAUUAUACCUAUGUGGAGUGUACCUCAGCAGUAAUGCAGGCUCUGAGGCACUUCCAGAAGGCCUACCCUCAACACCGCGCUGACGAGAUAAGCUCCACUCUAAAGGAAGGACUGGAGUACUGCAGGAAGGCGCAGAGGCCCGAUGGAUCCUGGGAAGGGUCCUGGGGCGUGUGCUUCACUUAUGGAAUAUGGUUUGGCCUCGAAGCCUUUGCUUGUAUGGGUCACGUCUACAAGGACAAGGUUGUGUGUGUGGAGGUGCAGAAAGCUUGUCAGUUCCUGCUGGAGCAGCAGAUGGCAGAUGGAGGCUGGGGGGAAAACUUUGAGUCUUGCGAGCAGCGGCGCUACAUUCAGAGCAGCACAGCUCAGAUUCAUAACACCUGCUGGGCCUUGUUAGGCCUCAUGGCCGCCAGGCACCCUGACAGACGGGCCAUUGAGAGAGGAGUACAGCUGCUGAUUGACAAGCAGCUGCCCAAUGGCGACUGGCCUCAGGAAAAUAUUGCAGGCGUGUUCAACAAGAGUUGUGCUAUCAGCUACACCUCCUACAGAAACGUCUUCCCAGUCUGGACCCUCGGCCGCUUCUCAAGUCUUUACCCCGGCAGUCCGUUGGCUGGGAAGGUGAAGCUGUGAAAUCCUUUAACAGCCUCUUCAGACUAUCUGCCAACCCGUCUACAACUGAAGCGAAAUACGACGACAGCCACAAGGCUCAGAACUUUCAGGCUUCAAGUUAUGCACCAUUUCUAAGUGGGGCACUUUUAGUGACUGAAUGUGGACAUAUUAUAAUGAUCAUAACCUUCACUUUUAGAGAGCUUUUCUAAAUCAAAGCUACAAAAUGCUUCACGUACAAAGAUUGUACAAAACCAAUACAGUAGGCAAAUAAAACAAUAAGUAAUAAAACCAGAAAGCAAAGGUCAGUCAGUAUAAAUCGAGUAAAAGCUCAAGUGAAAGCUCUCAGAUUAAAGUUUGUUUUUAGAAGCAUUUCAAAAGAGGUCACUGCUGACCUGAUUUCCUCAAGCAGCUUGCAGUACAGCCAUCGAUUUAAUUCAGGCCUUUGACUUUGAAUGAAGGCAUGUGAAAAGGUCUCUGUGUCUCUGAAGGAUAAAAUAGGUUGCAUUUUGGAAAUAUUUCUAAGAUGAUAAAAACAGGUUCUGGUGUGUGCUGCUUUCAGCUCUGCAUCUGAGUCGGAUCCAUCAGAUCAGCGCACCACAUUUCAUUCUUUGAAUUUCUUUUUAUGUUGACAUUCCAGACGGAGCUACUCCUUAAAACUCUGUUGUGAUAAUCUGCUGCUGUCCAAGACGCCCCCUUAAUGUGCGCUGGUUUUAAAUCCCUGCUUCUUCCUUCCAUUUGCAUUUAGAAUAAAGAACUUUUCUGUGUCUUGAUGUGUCGUCAGUAAAUUUACGUUACAUCGGUUUGUACGCAGCAGACGGUCAAGCACAGAGCAACACGAGACAAUUCUUUUAUUUAGAAGAAUAAUCCCUCAUAACACCUGACACUGAUCAAUCACAGUACACAGCACACCCAGCUUAUGGGCGGGGAAGUCCGAUGAUGUGUUAACCUUUAUCAGAAUGAGAGAGUUGGCAGAGAAGACACAUUUUUUCAGCAACGCCCUGAUCCUCCCCCCAACGCAUGUACAAUGGAAACACUAUUUUACUGUUAACUGCUGUUUACUGUUUUACUGUUACCCUGAGAACUGCAUGAGUGUACAGUCAGUUAGAGAGGGAAGAAACACGGUGGAGAAGGAGUUUGCGUGGCUCAGGUCCGUUUGCUCGGUGUCCUCCUGAAUCUAUUCUGCCUAUAUGUUCACAUUCUGCCUAUAUUUUGUCGUCCUUAAUAUUCAUACAAUAAGUUUGUUAUGCCGUUUUAGUUUUUAAACACAUCAGUGAUGGACACAAGGGGGGCAAAGGGGGAGAUUGCCCCCAUGUUUAUAUAAAUCAUGCAGUGUCGUCUUGGUUUGCAUUUCUGGUUUAUAAAACAUGACAAAGUGCCUUCUCGGGUGUCCUUUUAGUGGACAAAAUGUGAUGCAGUGCUGUACAGGCUGCCCUACAUGCUGACAUGAGUUGGUCUCCAUGUGCCUGCAAAUAAAUAGUGAACAGAC